AGGUCUCAUUAUCACUAUUAUAAUACUAUUUGCUGCCCCCAUUCUAUUGGAUACAGCCUUCUAUAUAUGCCGCUUGAGUUGGGGAUUGAGUCAUCCAACUUUGCGACCAGAAUUCUGAUCCAAUACAACUCUUCCCUGCUAUCUCUUCACUGUUUCCCAUCAUUUUACUCUCCAUGCUUCCAAAUUUUCAGAGUUUCUUUCUAGUUCUGUACCAAGAAACUACCAAAAGAACCAAACCAGGAAAACCCCAGUUAAGUAUUCCAGAGUGAUGAGAAUCUCGAGCUCUUUCGAGGUGUUCACCGAGAACUUUGGGUUUCAGGAGAUAAUGAGAGGCGGGUCGUCGUCGUCUUCGUCUUUGGUGUUCGACGGUGAGAGGGGAGAAUUUCGGAAGCCUAUUGCGAGGCCGGAGAAAGCGGGCCUCAAGGCCGAUAAGGCUUUGGUGGCUUUGAAGAACCACUGUGAGGCGGAGCGGCGGCGGAGAGAGAGGAUCGGCGGCCAUCUCGCCACCCUCCGGAGCCUAGUUCCCGGCACAGAUAAGAUGGAUAAAGCAUCGUUACUUGCUGAAGUUAUCAACCACUUGAAAGAAUUACGGAAAAAUGCAGCUGAAGCUACCGGAGGUGUACUAGUGCCGAUGGAUAUCGAUGAAGUAAAAGUUGAGCAACACGAGGAUGGAUCUGAUGGUGCUUCUUGUGCAAUCAGGGCAUCUCUCUGUUGCGAUUAUAGACAUGAGAUUCUGUUCGACAUAAGGCAAGCUAUCGAUGCUCUGCACCUGAAAACAACGAGAGCAGAUAUUGCCACCUUUGGAGGAAGGAUGAUUUAUGCUUUUGUGAUAACUUGCCAUGAAGAAGGGAACGUAGACGAUGCUGCAGCAUGCCGGCUUCUUGCAAGCUCGAUUCGUCUGGCAUUGAGGUCGGUGCUCGAUAAGUUUUAUUGUUCAGAGGAGACGUCAUCAAGAAACACGCUUUCAAACAAGAGAAGAAGAGUCCCAGUUUUUGAUUCUUCAAAUGCUUCUUCAUUAGGGGAUUUCUUGUGAUGAACAAGAUUAUUUUUUUGCUAGAUAAUUCUUCAUGUUUCAUAUAUGGUUCAUGGCAUAUCUCAUAUAUUUCCAAGUCUUAGAGAAAGAUGAAAUCUAUGCAACUUCAUGAACUUGGUUUGUACCCAAUUUGUUGUACUUUUCAAUUCGGGUACAAGCCAAGUUCAUGCAACAUUUGUAAGAUUGGAUUAGGAUAAAGAUAUAAACUUUAGUACAAUAAACAAUCAUUUGGUUAACCAUAUUAUAUUUA